AUGCAGCGUCUAGCAUUAGCGCUACUUGUUAUUAUCGGACCAAAACUGGCAGCCGGCGAAAACAUGGUGUAUGGAGAAAACAGAGCUGAACACGCAGCGCUUUGUGCUUUCAUACGAAUGGCAGACCGCGCCGUCGCAGUCCCAACCGUUGAGCCGCUCGACAAGGACGACUAUAAUUACAUACAGGAGCUUAAUUUCACUCUUUCACCAGCCGAAUGGCAGGCAAAAUUCUACAAAGAGGCAGAGCGCAAAACAGUGCACGACAACGCUGACUCUGCCGGUAUAAAAGACGCAGAUGAAGCUGAGUUUUGGGAUGACUGGAAAGCAGCAGCCGAAGCACUGAAACAAGGCGAAGACAACCAGAAGGUCAAACAGGCUGUGACUCCAGAACUGACAAAAACGGCAAAGCAGCUGGCGGCCGUCCAGCUAGCAGCAAUAGCGCUAGAAGUGAAGCAGUUACUAAAGAGGUACCCAAAUGUAAACCCAGAAGCAGCUAAAUAUCAAUCGGCUUCGCCUACAGCAGCCAUAAUGGCAGCAGCGCUAGGGCAAGGAGAUGCGAAAGCAACCAACAUAGACGCAAGCAAGCCGUUUUCAGCCACGGUGUCAGGAAACCGGCAAACCGUGUGCGAAGUCAAAACAAGCGGCGUGCGACCAGCGACGGCACUGGCGACACUAACAUGCAUCUGCCACAAGGACAACGGCAACCCGGUAACAGACGGCGCUUGCACCGAAAAAGCCGAAGCAAGCACGGCUUGGACAUCAUCGGCAACACCACCGGAUAGCAGCGACUACCAGAAACUAGCAAAAUCGUGCGGCGCGCCACCGCAAGAACCAAUAACGACAACCGAACUUGAACACGCGAUAGCCACCGUCAGGGCGCUGAUCCAUACGGACGGGACAAACGGCUACCUAGGGGCAUUCAGAGGCACUGACUGCAGUGGGGCGUCCAACAGCGGCAUGUGCAUCAAAUUCACAGGGCUAGUAGCAAGCCCGGAAAAAGAAAACGAACUUCAGUGGCUAACAACAAUAAAAACAAUAGCAACCAAUCUAAAACACCUCGAGCAAGCCAAAGCUGCAGCCGCCACAGCGGCAAUUAGCCAUUCCAGAGCUUUGGCAGCAGCAAUGGAUAAGCUGUCGACAAAAUUCAGUGAUUCGGUGGAAACAGCCAUCAACGUUCGAUGCGAGACACACAACAAGUCCAAGACGGAAUGCCUAGGAGCUAAAUGUAAAUGGGGUGGCAAAAAGGAGGAUGACGGUCCAUGCACUCCAACCGAAGACCAAGUUGCAGAACAACCAGCCCGAUCAACCGAAACAGAAGGUGCACCAAAAGAGGGGGCAGCUGCAACUGGAUGUGCAAGACACGGAGAUGACAAGACGGCCUGUGAAAAUGACAAAACAGGCGAUAAGCAAAAUUGUGCAUGGAGAAUAGGCAAAGAUAAUGAAGAUGACAAGGAGAAAGAAAAAUUCCGCUCUUCCAGCUUCCUCCUAAACAAACAAUUGGCUCUGAGUAUGGUUGCUGAAUUUGUGAGUUUAAUAGCAUCUCAAAAUCUUAAAAUUAUAAGAGUUUUGCUCAUUUUUAUGAAAAUUAUGAAUAUUAGUUAG